UGAAGGGUGCGCACCAGACCUGAGGAGCGGAUGAGCAGGAGCAACAGAAAGUCAGAGUCAAAGGACACAAAGCAGGAGGCGGAGGAGGAGGAACAAGAAGCAGGAGAAGAAGUCAAGAAGAAGGAGUUUGGAGUCGCUCAAUCUGAUUUCUUCACACUGAAUUUAACAGCUGCGGCAGCUGUCAGUCAAACAGGAACAGACCCGCAGGUGGGCUCAGGCCCCGCCCCUUCAGGAUGAAUGGAAGCGGCUCAGCAGGAAAUCCCAGCGCUGCCUCGUCUUGCUCACUUCCUGCCCACACUAACGAGGGGACGCUGCAGCCAGAGCUCAGGAUCACAGAGUCUCAGGAGGAGGAGGAGCAGAGCGGAGACACGGGCAGUCUGCCUGGGUCACAGAAGGGCCAGAGUCCAGGAGAGACCGAGCAGGAUUCAGAAACUUCUUCAGAAGAUGAACCAAAUUCAGAUCAGCCACAACCAGAGAAACUCUUUCCAGAUCAAACCAAACUAGAUCCUCUUCCUGUAUCAGGAGAUUCUGGUUUGGGCACAGAUCAGAAGACCCUUGGAAAGCCUCUCAGACCGAAACAUGAGCAAGAACCAGGAAACUCUCAGGACUAUCAAAACCAGAAAGAUCUUUGUCUUCCUCGGUUUCCUCCAUCAAAGGAUUUAACUGUCUUAACAGCUGAAAAGGAAGUCCAACGUGAGAUGGAGCUCCACGGUUCUGAGUCCAUAGACCAGAAAAGUGAUCCACCUUCAAAGAAGCUCCUUAUAAGCUCAUCACAGAGGCUUCAGGACCACCCAGAUCCUCCUCACCGAAACACCCAGAAGGCUGCCCCUCCUCCCACACACCAGCCGAGACACUUGGAUCCUCCAGCUAAAACAUCAGCCUCGACUCCACCGGCUCCACCCCUCACCAUUGAGGUGUUCUGCGACCAGAUGCAGACCAACCCACCGGUUUCUUCUCCGGGGGGGCCCAAACUGUGCGGCUUCCUGCUGAAGCAGGGGGGGCCGCUGAGGGCCUGGAAGCAGCGCUGGUUCACCUAUGAGGACAAGAAGAACCAGCUGUUCUACUACCGCACACCAAACGAUGUGAUGCCGCUCGGGCGGGUGGAGCUCAGCGGCGCCACCUUCACGUACCCACUGAAGGCAGAGCCGGGCACCUUCCACAUCAGGACACCUGAGCGCACCUUCAUACUCAAGGCUGUGACCCAGGAGCUGAUGCUCUACUGGCUGCAGCAGCUACAGGUGAAGCGCUGGCAGCACCGACAGAUGUCCACCUGUUCAGACCCGACGAACAACAACAACAACAUCACAGAUGACUUCCUGCCAGUGUUGAAGAGCCCGGUCGGUCUGGUCGGGGAGGAGGCGGCCACUGUGCCGACGCUGCGAACGCCGCUGACCAACGUGUCACUCAAGCAUCCGCUCAUCGAGAUCCAAAACUCAGUCCACAGUCUGCGUAAGAGGUCGUCCCAGGACUGGGGUCAGAGCGUGUUUCAUGUAGAAGCUCCACCGUGGAUCCCCCCGAAUGCUGCCGACACCAACAACACCACCACCCCCCGGACUCCCUCUGAGUCUCCGAGCCCCUCCCCUCCCCUCCCGUUGCUCAGUCCAGCCGACCAGGCGCCCCCCACAGAUGGUGGGCAGUCACCGUCACAGGACAGGAAGGUGAAGCCCCGCGGCACGUCCACCUUACCGGUCCGCCGCAGAGACGCGGCGUCUCAGUCCUCAGAGCGGAUAGGCCGCCUACAGCAGGAGAAAGAAAUGCUGAUGGAGGAGGUCAAAGCUCAGAAGGAGCUGGUGUGGAUCCUCCACAAAGCACUGGAGGCGGCUCAGCUGGAGAAGCGAACCUGCGCGGAGUUUUUGGCAGAGGAGGGCGAGCAGGAACGUCUGGAGCUGCUGCGACACCGCGAGCGGCAGGCGGUCGACCUGCGGGGGCGGCUGGAGGAGGCCAAGGCGGAGGUGGAGGCGGUGAGGAAGAGUCUGGCCGAGAAGGACACGCAGGUGGCCGAACUGCUGGAGAACAACAGGAUGCUGACGGAGAAGAACAACGCCAAGCAGGAGGUGAUCAUAAAACUGUCGGAUCAGGUGACGGCGUGUCUGUCAGACCCGCGGCGCCCCGGCUCGUCCUCCGGCGGCAGUGUCAACUCGCAGACUCUCAGGCAGCUUCGACAGGAGAACGAGAAUCUCAAGGAUGACAUCGAGGCGUAUAAAACUCAGAACAGGUUUCUGAACUCGGAGAUCUGCCAGCUGACCAAACUGUGGAGGAAGAGCUCCGAGCAGGAGAAGAGCCUGAUGGUGAAGUGUGCUUACCUGGAGGCCACUAACUGUCAGGUGGAGAGCCGUUACCUGGGCAUCCUGCGCAAGCUGCAGGAGAUCAAAUCUCUGGAUCCGGCCCAGCGGGAGGCCGUGCAGAAGAUGAUCGAGAACGCUCUGAAAGGAGAGCUGAAGAGCGUCACGAAGCUCAGCGUGGACAGGGAUCACGAUGAGUACGGCUUUAAGAUCAUCCCGGACUACGAGGUGGAGGACAUGAAGCUGUUGGCAAAGAUCCAGGCGCUGGAGAUCCGCUCCCACAACCUGCUGCGCCAGGAGGGUUUGGAGCGCCCCCUGCUGAGCCGCUGGGCUCAGUACCUGGCGGGCAGGUCAGACGAUGACCUCGGCAUCUCACCGGAGCUCAAAGCUCUGGUACGUGAAGGUGUCCCGCGGGUGUAUCGGCAGAGAGUGUGGCGCUGUCUGGUCCGAGCUAGAACUUUAACGAUCCAGGAGCACCACCCGCAGCGCUACCAGCGGCUCUGUGAGAAGAGUCGGACAUCUCCUCAUCCAGCCUCCAGGCAGAUCCAGCUGGACCUCCAUCGAACCCUGACGACCCAUCAGCACUUCUCCUCACCGUCCAGCCCCGCCCUACAGCAGCUCCACCGCAUCCUGUUGGCCUUCUCCUGGCAUAACCCCGCCAUUGGCUACUGCCAGGGACUCAACAGGUUGGCGGCCAUCGCUCUGCUGGUUCUCCAAAGUGAAGAGGACGCCUUCUGGUGUCUGGUAGCUGUGGUGGAAGCCAUCAUGCCUCCUGACUAUUACACCAAGAACCUGGUGGCCUCUCAGGCUGACCAGCGCGUGCUGAAGGAUUUCCUGGCGGAGAAGCUUCCUCGCCUGGCGUCUCACUUUGAGGAUCACGGCAUCGACGUGUCCCUCGUCACCUUCAACUGGUUCCUGGUGGUUUUUGUGGAGAGUCUGCCGAGUGACAUCCUGAUGCCCCUAUGGGACGCCUUCCUGUACGAGGGCACCAAGGUGAUCUUCAGAUACACUCUGGCUCUGUUCAAAUACAAAGAGGACGACAUCCUGAAGAUCCACGACAGCGUGGAGAUCUACCAGUAUCUGCGCUUCUUCACUAAGACCGUCUCCAAUACCAGGAAGCUGACCAACAUCGCCUUCAACGACAUGAACCCGUUCCCCAGCCGGCUGCUGAGGAACCGGCGAGUGCUGCACCUGGAGCGCCUGCAGGCGGAGCUGCGUGAGCUGGAGGAGCAGCAGAAGGAGUUCAUCGCCGAGAGCGUCGUACGGAAAGACAAAGAGCUCAACAUCAUAAUGAGCGAGGACGACGAAGACCUCUGAGCCCACGGGACCCUUCAUCCACUCACGACGAGUGAACGUGUGAGGUUUUUAUGAGUGCGUGAGUCUGAGAGAAAUCCACGAACUCGCUGUUAACUCGUUCCUUUCAGGACUGCGGUCAGUUUCACUGUUUCUACCAACACUACAAGAAAACAGGCUGAAUUUAAGGCAACACAGAAGGAAAAGGAGAGAAAACACCUGCAAAACUCAACACGAGUGCGUGCACACACACACACACACUCUGAGGCUUCACAUCACUGUGAAACAUGACUAUGACGCCCAGUCGGAGCUGGUGAUGACAUCACUGACCUGCUGACGGACGUUCGCCUUCUGCUCGUGACAGCACAGCAACAGUAAUAUUCUGAAACAGGCCAUUCUGCACAAUGAGUACCUUUACUUUUGGUACUUGAAGUAUAUUCUCAUGCUAAUACUUUGUACUUUGUGCUGCACUGAAAGCUAAACAGAUAGCCUGGUUGAAGCUCCCUGGUUAGAAAUACUUUCCAGUGUUUUAUUUUGAUCUGAGUGUGCACUGAUGUGAGGUGUACGUGUGUAAAUGACAUCUUCAUAACAGGACAGUCACAUGAUAAAACUGACAUUUUUAUUUUCUCAGUUUUGUACAUAAAG